AUGUAUUACGAGAACGCAUGUAUUCCUGUUGCAGACAACGUCGUUAGCGCGCUAUAUGGAUGGGGAUUCGGAAUGAAGAGGCAAGCGAUAUCGAGGACGAUCAGUACGUUGAAGGACAACAAAGUAACGCUAAGCAACAUUCCCGAAUUCGACGAAUUGGCGAGGCUGAGAGAUGGCAGACUGUUUGUUCAGGAGCAAGAUCCACAGCUGCACAUUUAUUAUUCGGAGGAAGCUGUUGAGAAAAAGAAAAUGAAAACAGCUUGUAAACGAAUGAACACAGAUCUCACAACUAACGGAGAAAAGUAA